ACUCAAUGGCAUGCUAAUCCUUUUAUCAUCUCUUUGCAUCAUGUGCUUUCAGGAAGAAUUGUGCUUGAAGCACUAAUCCUGACAUUGGCUGUGGUUUCAUCUCUGACUGCAUACACUUUCUGGGCUGCGAAGAAGGGCAAGGAUUUCAGCUUCCUUGGACCAAUUUUAUUCACCAGUCUCAUCAUCCUCAUCGUAACUGGGUUCCUACAGAUGUUCUUUCCACUUGGCCCAACAUCUGUUGCUGUUUAUGGUGGAAUCAGUGCUUUGAUUUUCUGUGGCUACAUAGUCUAUGACAGACAACCUGAUCAAGCGCUUCACAUACGACGAUUACAUAUUGGCCUCUGCCUCUCUCUAUUUGGAUAUCCUGAACCUCUUCCUUUCCAUUCUGCGGGUGCUAAGGCAGACGGACAAUUAAAUGUAUGAAAAAAUCACAACAUGUUGCACAGUUAUGAUAUCAUUUGAAAACUGAAACCUACUAUGGAAAAGUAUCAUACGCAGAUUAUUGUCGGGGCAUAGCAGCCUGCAGUUACUUGCAUUUUACAUUUGGAUGAACUGAGUAACUUUUACAAUUAAGUACCUCCCAUUUUCUUCUCUCUUCUGCAUGCGGCAAGAUGUGCCAGUUUCAUUUAUGUAAUCUUCAAAAAGCCACUACUGGAUGUUUUUGUUCUUUGAUAUAUGUAGUAGAAAUGUCUUACAGUUUCUCAUUAGCUAAUGUGUAGUUGUUAUUAUAUCUUAUUCCCGUAUGUGAAACUGUGUGUAUCAUUUGAUACAGUUUGCAACUAUAUUUUAUUA